AUGGGUUCUUCGCGUAAGCGCCGUCACGGGGAAGACGAAGGAGAGCUCGAAGAAGACGCGAGUCGGAAGCAUAAACACAAGAAACAUCGGCAUCGCGACGAAGAAAAGAUCUCCUCCCCUGAUUCAAAACACAAGAAACAUAAGCGACAUCGCAAAAAGGCCAAGAAAUCUAAGAAGAAGAAACGCGUCGAGGACGAUUACGAGGCCAUCAGCGACGAUUCUUUGUCUGGACGGGAUAAAACUAGAGUAAGAAGCGGCGGUGGGGAGGAUAAUGAGAAUAAUGAUGACGAUUUGUCAUCUUUGUCGCUGUCGGGUGACGAAGGGGGGAAAUCCGAGAGCAAUCAAAAGCCGGAGAAGAAAGGAAGCGAGGAGGAAAGUGAACGAACUGAGGAGAAAUCAUCAGCGUCGCUUAGUAUCGAAGAGACGAAUAAAUUGAGAGCCAAACUCGGCCUGAAGCCUCUGAGAGUUGAGCCGGAAAAGCCGAAAGAGGUACAAGAAGGAGGAUCCAGUCUUUCGCUCGAAGAAACGAACCGAAUCCGUGCGAAAAUGGGGUUGAAGCCGCUUCAAGUUCCCGAAACGACCCAGAUGGAGGGCUUCGUGCACAAGCCCGCCACCAACAUCAGCCAGGUCAAAAAGGAAGAAGACAUUCGUGAGAAGAUUCGUCUUCGUCGCGAGAAACGCGAACUAGAAGCCAAAUUGAGGUCCAAAGCCCGGCCGAUAGCAGAACAAAAGGACGACGAUGAGGGCGACGACGACGCUGCCGGCGGAGCCGCAGCUUGGGUUAAAAGGGUCCGCAACGCGGAAAAGGAAAAACGCGAAGCCGAGAAGCGAGCCAAGAUGUUGGAGGAAAUGGACCGGGAGUUUGGGGUUGAUGAAGUCGUCGAGUCUGAGUUCAUGCCCGAGAAAAUCAAGACUGCCAAGGCCAAGACAUACACUGCUAAUCAUCUGAAAGGAUUCAAAGUGAAGCAUUCGAUGGACGAUAUCGCCGAAGGCACGGACGUAGUUCUCACGCUGGAAGAUAAAAACGUGCUCGACGAAGAAGAAGACGAGCUGUCGAACGUGAACCUCAAGGACGUUGAGAGGGCCCGCAAAAACCUCAAAUUGCGUGCCAAAAAGCCCGGCUACGACGCUUACGAUGAAGACGAAGAAGAAGAAGAUGCCAAUGGCCGCGCUUUGUUGCGCCAGUACGAUGAGGUGAUUGAAGGUGAGAAAGCCGACUCCUUUGUCCUCGGCGGCGAGAAAACCCGCGCCAAAACUUCUGAAGCUGAGAAAUUGGCCAUCAAGAACAAGCUGAAACGUGUCGAGACUCUGAUGACUUCCUCGGACGUCCAUUCUCUCGCCCGGGAAUACUAUACCAAGGACGAAUACGAUGCCAAGUUUAAGAAGAAGAAAAAGAAGGCGAAGCCUGACGGCUUGAGAUCCAAGAAGAGUAGCAAAAAGCGCGGAUUGACGGCUGAUGAUUUGAUGGACGAUUUGGCGGAACCCGAGGCUGGGUUGCCUGAGCCCAUGGAUGUGGUUUCGGAACACGAGGACGAAGAUGAAGGGCCCGCUCGUGGACUGAAUGACGAGGAUUUGUCUUUCUUUGUGAUUGAUCCGGAUGAAGCCAGGCUGGAGUUGGAAGCACAGCUGAACCGAGCUCGGAAGCUAAAAAAGGCGAAGCUAGAGACUGGAUCCCAAGAGACUUCGGUGGAGCGUUUAGCACGUGAAAUUCGAGACGGACGCGAAACCGAAGCGCAGUCGUCGGAUACUGGUGCAAAAGUGACCUUCAAUGAAAUCGCAGAAUUCGCGCGUUCUCUGGGAAGUCUUCCCGAGGCCGCAGCUCCGCCAAAAGUGAUUGAGGAGCCGAGGGAGGAAACACCCGAACCUUUGCCAUCGUCUCCAGAGGUCAUGGAAGUUCCCGAAGAGGACGAUGCGGAUGAUGAUGUCAUCGAAGUGCGACGGGACUACGCCGGGAGGUGGAACAAGGUAGAAGAGCAGAAGAAACUGAAAACCGAGGAAAAGUCGGACGCUGUUCUCGAGGAAGAACCCGACGUUUCCUCGAGCAUGGUUGCAGCUCUCAAACAAGCUGCCAAGAAGGGCUAUCUGGACGAAGGCACUAGGAAGAAGCAAGUUUCCGGAUUGGGGUUAGCUGCCCUGAAAGCAAUGAAUUAUGCUAUUGAGGACAAGGCGUCGAUGGAGGAGGAACACAAGGGCCGGCGAGGAGGCGGAUCCGGUGGGGAGCGGUAUUCGGGUCCCAUCAUGGAUUUCAAAGACAAGGAUAAUUAUAAGCCGGAAAUCAAAUUGGAUUACAUCGAUGACCAAGGCCGGAUUUUGACUCCGAAAGAAGCAUUCAGAUAUCUUUCACACAAGUUCCACGGUAAGGGAUCGGGGAAAAUGAAGACUGAAAAGAGAAUGAAGAAGAUGGCGGAGCAGACUUCGGUGAUGCUGAUGAGCUCGACGGACACGCCUUUGGGAACUGUUGGAAAGAUGAAGGAAAAGCAGAAAGAAAGUCACACUGCUCAUUUGUUGUUGAGUGGUACAAAGUUGACUGCGGCUGGUGGGUUGUUGAGUAAGCAUAGGAAAUGAUGGUCGUGUCACGGGGAGGAGUUUUUCUUGGCUUUUUUUUUUGACGUGGGUCUAAGCAAAUCGUGGUGAAUAAAGAGCAUUGAUGAGAGUUUA